AUGACGAUCUCUCAAUUAAAUCCCGAUGAGCUCAAAAAGGUGAAUCAGUUGCGGAAGCUGGUGAGCGAAGAACUCAAACCCGGCGACUACUACAACACCGAUUUCAAUUUAUUGAGAUGGAUUCAAGGAAACUGCCACGAUUCGUUGGAAGAAGUGGCCAAGAAGCUGAAGACGCAUCUGAAAAUGAGGUAUAUUAACUUAGAUUCACAAAAUAUUUUAAAAAGGGAAUUUUUAAAUUCUUUUCACGAACAAUAUAGCCGUAUUACACUUCAUAAAGCAUCAAAAAAUAAUAUUUUUAAUAUUUUUGGUAAAAAGCUUGAAACGCAAUGCCAAAACUACCUAAAACAAUAUUUUUUUAAAUAAAAAAAUGAAUUUUCAGAAAGUCCUGCUGGAACCUAGAUGAAAUGGCUAGAAAACCAAGGAAACAUCCAAUCCAUAAUCAUUGGAGAUACGGAAUUACAUCUGAAAGCAAAGUUUUGUCAAAUGUGAUCGUUAACAUUGAACAAUGCGGAGAGACAGAUUACUCUGGUAUGAUUGAGACAUAUUCAAUUCAAGAAGUUAUGAAGGCACGAUGCCAAGAUUUGGAAGAUCUUUUGGCUGAAGUUAUGGAAAUGGAGGCUAAGACUGGUAAGUGGAAAUAUUAGAAUGAUGUUUAAUAGUUUAAAAUACGAAGUGUUGUUGCUGAAUUGCCUAAAAUUGUUUGUUAUAAUAAGUAAUUUUUUAUAAUUUAGGUGAUUAAAAUUUUAAUUCCUUUAGGGUAAUGUUUUUUUUUCACUACUAAUUCAAUCUUUAAAACUUACUGUUUAUUAAAGUAUUUUCGUAAUUAGGUAACAAAAUUAUUAUGUUUUAUUUUUAUGUUACAAAGUUCACUUCUAGGUCGUCAAGCUUCAGUACUGUACAUUAUGGACCUAACCGGCUUACAAUACAACACUAGACUGUACACUUUGGUAACUGGUGCCAUGAGAGCAUUAUCUGAGUUUAUGGCUCAUCAUUACGUUGAACUGAUUAAGUACUUCCUCCUCGUCAACGUACCUUCAUUUAUAUACACCAUCUGGAUGGUGGCCAAGCCUCUGAUUCCAGAAAGAACUCGUCACAAAGUCAGAAUCUUAUCGUCGCAUGGUUGGCGUGAAGAACUUCUAGAAUAUUCUUGUGUGGAAGCGUUACCUACAAAGUGGAAUACCGAUACGAUAACACACUUCGAAGCCAAUGUAGACUUGCCUGUACCGUACCCAGUGGAGAACUAUUACCGUAAUUGUCCUAAGGUAGUGAAGGAUUUGGAGAAGAUACGAUUGGCAGCCAGGAAGACACAACUGAUAACAAAAGAGUUGAAGAAGGGCGACAUGCUCAGCUGGUUUGUCAGUGCUGAUGCUGACUUUGGGUUCGGGGUCUAUUUCACAAAACAUCGAGAGGAAAAGAAUCUGGAGAAGUAAGUUUUGUUUAUUUUACAGUAGUCUUAACAUGUUACGGUUGUGUUACAGUAGUUUUUAUUUUCUCUACUACAGAGACGCAUAAGAUACGAAAGUUAUGUAUACAUAAAACUUGUGCCACAAAUAUAACUAUUUGUCGCGCAAGUGUUUAUUUGGUAUUAAGUUAUCUCAUCAAAUAAUGUUACAGCAUGAGUACAGUAUACCCAUGUUUGGAGUGGAUGCCAGGACCUUCAGAAUCUCCACUUGACGGUGAAGUAGAAGCUCCAGAAGACGGUUAUUAUCGUAUUUGGAUGUCGAAUGAACGAGCAUGGUGGCAUACGUUGUCAUUACAGUGUAAAUUCGGUGUAAACGAAAACGUGUAA